CGCCGUAUGUUCUCGGGCAGAGCCCGCGGCCAAAACAAAAGACGGAGCCCGGCGCUCCCGACAUCCCUUGCGUCGACGACGACGAGGGGCGGUGGGAAGGGGCGCCUCGUCUUCUCCCAUUGGCCCAGCCCGGUGGAAUCCCCCGCGUGCCUGCGUAGCCUCGCCGCGCGAUAUCCUCUCGGCUGCAGACCGUGGCCAUGGCAACUCCCCAAGGCUCGGCGGAGCGGGCGAGGAAGAGCGGUGAGUUCCGGAGACCACGUUACAGCCGGUGGCUGCUUCAUGCGCUGUGUGCUGACGUGACACUUGAGCCUCUUCCGUGGUAUUAUUAGAAUCGUAGAGUUGGAAGGGAGCCACGAGGGGUCAUCUAGUCUAACCCCCUGCGAGGCAGGACUCGAACCCACGACCCUGAGAUUAAGAGUCUCGUGCUGUACCGACUGAGCCAACCCCUUUAUAUAGUUAGGUGCGUGGCAAAGUUGACAGGCCGUGGCAAGGAAAGGGAAAUGACAGCGUUUCCUUGCCUGCUUGUUGCAAGGGUCUGCAGCACGUGUAGGCAUCGUCACCUGGUGUGCAAACCAUCAUGCAAAUACUUUCACGUGUCUUGAGAGAAGUACGACGGCGUUACUACUUUAUAGGGCAGUGUUCCUCUGUGGGUCCUCAAAUUUAAGCUCAUUAGAGUUCAGCUGGUUUACUUCCAGGAAACUAGGUGCACCCUUAAGGAGUAAAACUGAAUAAUACAAAGCCAAAUAAAUAUGUCCUCCUUAAAUUUUCUAAAAUGUUUACAGAUACAUGAAUCAGUUGGAAGGGACCACGAGAGUUAUCUAGUCCAACCCCCUCCAAUGCAGGAAUAUUUUGCCCAGCGUGGAGCUGUUGGCCCGCUUGAUCAUCACAGAGAGCGGGCUCUUUCUAUAUAGCUUUUCACCCAAAUAUAUUUCUGAACCCUACAAGUGCAGGUAAAUCAGAUCUGUGGCUAGUCUCUGCACGGUGUCUGAAGGAUUCAGGCUGUUACUCUGUGCACGCACUUUGAGUAAGCCCCACCAAUCAGAGUGCAAAGUGUUUGGGAGUCAGUUCACAAAGGACUGUGUUGUCAAGCUGCAGUUUCCUGAAUGCUUGGGAGAAAAUCCUGUUGAAAGCCAUCAGUCUUCCUUCUGAAUAAACUUGUACUGUCAGGUGUAUUUUGGGACGCUAUGCCCAAGCUGUUGCAACAGAAAGGGGAUGAAUGUUAUUUCUUUUUGCCAUGUAUUAGCUUGCAGUUGCAUUCCAUCCUUGAAAGGCACAUGCCUGUUUUUGCCGGUUUCUUUCUAAACACCAAUGAAGAUGUAAUGUUGGAACCGUAUGUGCAUGAGUUGAAGUAAAGAGAUGACUGAAAGGGAAAUGGCUGGAAACAGAUCCAGGAUGAGCAAGUAUUUUCUACAAACAUAUGGCAUGUGUUUAUCGAACACAACACCAGCUUUGUCAGAAAUUGGUUUAGCUUGCAGUGGCACAUGCUUCAGAUUCUUGAAGUACAAGAGAAUGGGUAAAAGGUGUCCUAGAUGACAAAAUUUGGGUUUACUGAAUCAUAAGUAUGCAUCCCUGAUAUGGCCAGUUGGUCUACCAAGUGCUUAUGCAGUUACUCCUGUCGCACUUUCCUGCAAAUUUUUAUAAAAGGCCAUGCCACUAGCUCUGAAGCCUCAGGAAGAUGAUAUCCCAUUCUGUAAUGAAAGUCAGCGUAAGGAAAGAACUGGAACAAACUGCAAGACUUCAGUAUGCCCACAGAUCCUUGAGGUGCAACAUUUCAGUGUGCUUUGAUGUUCAUCCCUUGAAGAGCAGUUUUUGCCUUUUUGUGUUCCAUCUCUCUUCUUUUCAGGGCACUUGUUGUUGUUCUUCUAGUAAUCUCUAGAUCUUGCUUCCCUUUCCCACUGUGCUUCUGGGGAAUCCUGCUCCUGUGUCUGAUUGUAAUCAAUCUGGCAAUGUGGUAGGGAAGCAGAAGAAAACAACCUGCUAGUGAAUAUUUACAUAGUAGAGGUGCAUAACAGCACUCUCUAUGUUACAGCAGCUCAGUUCUAUCACAGGUGAACACAAAAAGGGAUUUGUUUGAAUUAUUUCUAUGCCACUCUAUUUUGGGGGGGGGGGGACUUCUAAUUUACGGCAUAUUUAUGUUAUCUGUUUAUAAAAAUAUUUAUAAAACUACUCCCUCAUAAAAUGUCAAGGCAGUGUACAAUAAUAUAUGCAGGUACAUUAAAAUAUGAAACAUCAAGAGAAUUAUACAAAAUAACUACCACAACUUCUGCUACUGUCUUCUUUUGGAAAAAGCUAAACUGAAUAAACCUAUCAGUAUAAAAGGUCUUCAAGAGAGACCUGAAAGUUAGUAGUAAGGAUCUGCUGAAAGAGCAUUCCACAGCAUGAGACCAACAACAAUGAAUGGCCAUGUUCUAGCUGAAGCUAUCUGAAAUGCAAUGGACAACUAACAGCAUUCCUCUGAAUAAUAUUGGUGGUAAAGCUGGGCUUAUAAGGGCUCAGGCAGUCCUUAAGGUGUCCUAGAUUCAAGUUCAGGUCUUUGUGUACAAGCACCUUGUAGGAAAGGUAAAGGUAAAGGUACCCCUGCCCGUACAGGCCAGUCGUGACUGACUCUAGGGUUACGCGCUCAUCUCGCUCAAGAGGCCGGGAGCCGGCACCGUACGAAGACACUUCCGGGUCACGUGGCCAGCGUGACGAAGCUGCAUCUGGCGAGCCAGCACCAGCGCCGCACACGGAAACGCUGUUUACCUUCCUGCUAGAAAGCGGUCCCUAUUUAUCUACUUGCACUUAGGGGUGCUUUCGAACUGCUAGGUGGGCAGGAGCUGGGACCGAACGACAGGAGCUCACCCCGCUGCGGGGAUUCGAACUGCCAACCUUUCGAUCAGCAAGUCCUAGGCUCUGUGGUUUAACCCACAGCGCCACCCGCGUCCCAUACCUUGUAGGAAAACCAUCACCAAUAAGGUUAUGCCAGUGGAAUGUCAUCUGAUGUUUAAGGAGUCAGUGUGAUAACUAAAUGGAUGGUGACAUGCCUUAGAUCAGAAAAAUCUGGAUUCAAAUCCCCAUUUUUCUAUUACGUUCACUGAGUGGCUUUUGACAUUCUAACCCAAACUUAUCUUAGAGCUGAUUUAGUGGUGACGAAUGUGUCCUGUGAAUCAGGAAGUCAUCAGUUCAAACCUUGUCUCAGCCACUAAGUGGCUUCAGGCAAGCUACCAUUCUCUUUCAUACUCUCCAUCUCCUUACACACAUCUUGCAUCUCACCAUCAUAGGUUUGUUGUGAAGAUAAGAAGUAAUGUAUGUCAAGCACAUACUGACUGGGACUGAUGGGAAUUGUUGUACAAAACAACUGGAAAAGCCAGGUUGGCAAAAGAAGAGAGGUGCCCAGGUGUUGAUCCAUUUCAUUCUUCAGCAGUAUUCUCAGCUGUGUUAAGGCCUGAGUAAACUCAUGGAAAGCUCUCAGAUUCCAAAGCCUUCUUGUUCCUCUGCCGUAACGGACCCUUAGGAAUAUCUGGUCUUGGCUGUGCUUCCAGCUAACAUUGCAAUUUAGGAUGUUUCCGGGCUUGUGGCUUUUCAAAAUUGUCUUUAGGAGUAAAAACAAUGUCUUCCCUACUGAAAAACCUUAGCAGGUGUUUUAGGCACAUUCUUUUAGUGCAGUUCCGUUAGAAGGGUAAUGAUUACAAGCAGAAGUGAUUAUGUCUGAAAUAGCUUUUCUAAUUAAAUUCCAAGCUCCAGUUAUUAUCACUACCAAAAUUGGGUUUCUUAAAAUAGUAGAUGUUAAUUAUACUGAAUUAAAAUCAUACGAAUAAAUCUUUAUCAUACAAGUAAAACCUUUUAAAGUUAUUAUCUGAUAACUGUACUAAGUGUUAUGGAUGGUUGGAAGCAAGAGCGUCUAGUAUCCAACAAAUGGGGAGGAAAACAAGCUUCCCGCACCCAAUCCUUUCCUAUAUAUCUUAUGCAUAGGUUUCAAACAUCUCUACUUGGGUUUUAUGUCCAUUAUAUUUGACUCGCACAACAACAACACCCAUGAAUUAUUAGCGUUUGUUCCUGCUCCUGCUUUUCUUACAAUUAUCUAGAACUGUGAAAUAACUACCAAAUAAUUAGACAUCACCUUUGUUGCAGCAUAGUUAGGAGUGGCAUUUUAUUUUAUUUUUAAAAAGCGUAAGCCCUGCUACAGGGAAGUAGCAUUAAAAGUGUGCAUGCUCCACCAAAAUACGUAGCUCCAGAUACGACAGGAAUAUAGUCGGGAGGUAAGAUCAUGCCCACUGAUUACCUGAGAACCCCUGCCCCACCACAUACCAUUUCAUAUAGUGGUAUUUUUUCCCUUCUUUUUGAUAAAUCCCAUUCCACAAUAUGUGAUUUGGGGCCCCGUAGGUGGUGGCACCACAAGCACAGAAUGUCCUUUCUAGGGAAGUCGAGCAGUCUGUUUCAUAUAUUGAUUCUUGGCAGAGUGCAAAAAAAACCUUGUGUUCUUUAGCAUCAAAUAACACAAGACUAUGCGUGCCUAUGCUUUUCCUGGGUUAAGAUUAUAGGAUUACAAUUUUAGUAUAGGAAUGGUAUACAGUAUAGUAUAUUUGAACGUUUUGAAAUGCUGCCACUUUUCUUCUUAUGUUUAACAUAAUUAAACCUUAUUAUUUGAGUAGGGGUAACUUUAGGGAAGUGUAUCUUGUUGGGUCUAAAACGGCUUCGCUGGCUGAGGAUCCCUUCCAGAGUACAAUUCAAAGAGCUCAUGCCUAUCUUUAAAGCAGAGGUAGGGAACCUCAGGCCGGGGGAACGAAUGCAUCACUUGAGGCCUCUCUGUCUGUCCCCCUGGACUCUCCCUGGGCCAUAUUCACUCCCUGCUCCAUAUCAUUUGCUUGCUCCACACCCACCAUGUUUUUACCUGAUUGGAAUGUGUCGCUGAACUCGGAUAAUGUUUUUUGCCUGCCUGGGUGGAGAUUAGAGGUGAAUAUGUGAGUAGGCACCAAAACGUGCAGAGGUAAAACUUGCAACCACUGCUCUGCCCACUUCUGUUGCUGGUUCUGUCACUGCUGGCAUGUAGCCCUCAGAAGAUGUCAUGGACUGGAUGGGUGCAGAGCACUGACGGAAGGCACCAGCCAGGGAAACCCACAGGGGGAGAAAGCCCUGAGCCAGAAUGCUGUGGGUGAGGCAAAGGGGCUUUUGCUGCAUUUCUGAUCCAUAUUGCCCCUGCCCCUUGCAUCUGAAAGCUUUUCCCCCAAUGUAGAUAGCAGGCAUGGGAGGUCAAAUCUGGAGCAAGACACGUGUGUGUGUGUGUGUGAGAGAGAGAGAGAGAGAGAGAGAGAGAGAGAAGGAGAGGGAGAGUUAUUUGCACAUGCACAUACAUCACCCCACAAACUAUGGUCCCAAUCUGGAGCAGGAGCUGCUGUUUGGCUUUUAGAAAAGUCAUUUACACAAAUGCUAAUUGCAUGAAUGGAGUCUCAUCUGGUUUGGCCCUUAAAUAUGGCUUGUGCUGGUUUUUAAUUUUGCUGCUGGUUGGUUGGUUUUUUACUGCUUUUCUCUCGUAUUGUAGUGUUGGUAUUAUUGUUUCUAUUUUGAUUGCUUUAAUAUUACUGUAAGCCGCACUGGGAGUGCUAGCACUGAAGGGUGGCUUGUCUAAACACAUGUGACAUUCAAGGAGCUUAUGGGGAAUUCCUGAACGACUCUCAUACAACAUUUUUAUUAUUAUUAUUGUUUUGUGAUUGCCUUGAGGAGGUUUUUUUUAUUAGAAUAGCAAUGAAUUAAACUUUAAUGUUUAAAGCAAAGGUAUAUCUCUUUCCUCUCACCCACUCCCUUUUUACCAGGCAGAUUUGUAGUAGAAAAAUAGAUUUAACUCUAUAACCUGCCAAAUUGGCUGUAUUUAAGCAUUUGCGGAUUGUGAAUGCAUUGGCUAUCUGGGGAAAGGCCAGGAAAUGGGGUAUAGAUGAGAUCUGCUGGUGGUCUGCACCGCAGAACAAAUCGCUUUUGGGAGACUGCUAACCUAAAACCCAUUUUAUAAACUGAUUCAAAGGUUUUUAUACAUCUUCUGGGACAUCUCUGGAUCAGGAGAUAAAACUCCUCUGCCUGCUCUUCAGAGAUCCUUUCUAAAGGGUAUCCAGAGAGAUCUUUUAUCUCUGAUCUUGUUGAUAAGCACCACAGCCCUGAGAUAGAACAUAAAAUAACGCCCCUUGGCUAUUCUUUAAAAAUAAAAGUGAGCAUCACACACACACACACAUCACAAUGCUGGAGGUUGGGUGAAUUGAUUGGGGGGCAUAUUGAGGUAAGUGGAAAGGCAGAAUUUCCUACUGCCACACCCAAGCACUGCAGCAUUAAAACAUACAAACUCCUAGCAGCAGCCUGAACUGACAUACGUAGUCUAGGAAGGGAUAUUUUCCUUUGAUGCUGCUCCAUGGAACUGAUAAUAUUGGGGUUUGAAAAUUUAUAAGGUUAACAGUGAUUGCCUUGGUUUAAUCCUGGGGUGCCCAGUGUGGAGAAGGAAGUAAGAAUUGGGCUUUUUCCUUUCUUUUUCUUCUUUCUUUUUUUUGCAAGGGGUUUGCCUCCCUAUGGUUUUGGGGUGAGGUGUUCUAGGUUUGUUGUCUGAGAGUGGAGAGGAAUCUAUGUGCAGCAUAAUUUUUUAUUUGGUGAGAUGAGUGUUUUGUUGUGGCCGCCCAAGGAAAUUUCUUAGAUUUCCAAAUAUACCCUUGUGCCCCAAAGGUUGCAGAUCCCUGGGUUGACCUGUGGCAAACUAUUAGUUCUUCUGUCUGUUGUGCACUGUAUAAAGGGGGUGUGAUAUACAAAAAUACAUGUGAAACUUAAAUGGAAAUGGGUUCAAAGCCAUAUAUUGAAUUUAUUUAUUUGAAACAGAUAUCCCAGGUUUACUGGCUUCAUUCAGAUAAUAUGUGAUGCGUUCGUUUUUAAAAUCUCCUGGAACACGUUGCAUAUAGAUAUUCUCGUUAGCAGAGGGGGGAAAUCUUUUGUGUUUCUAAAAUUUUACUGAAGCUUGCCAAAAGAGCUGAGUUUGAGAAUGAGAUGCAAGACUUGAAGCCGCUACCAAUCUUGUUUCCUAAUGAAGUAGAAACUACUGUUGUGAGCAUUUGAACUAAAGGGCCAAGUUGCUAGAAUUGCCACUAUGAAACAAAGGCACUCAAGAUUGGAAUGAAGGAAGCAUAAUAGCAUGCCAAUAAAAUAGUCGGCUUUAUUCAAAGCUUCAGUGACACAGAAUUAAACAGGAUCUAUGCUGCUUCAAUUGAGGACUGAGCCACUCGUGCAGAAAGACCACACUGUCUUAUUCUGUGUUUAACGUUUGCUUUGAGAAACAAAGUUGGUGCACCAUCUCUGUCCUCCGGAGAGAACCUAAAUCAGAAAGUAAGGUUUUCAAGGAGACCUAUGUGGUAAAUAAUAGGAUGGGAUGUAUAUCCAUAUGUGUGUGUAACACACUCAAGUAGCCUCAUAUAACACCCUCCUCCAUUAAUGCAGAUGUAGCAUUUUCUCAACCAACCGUUGCUUGCCUCUGCAAUCACUGCUGAUCAUUGAAAUGACACAGAUGCUAGGACUGUCAUAACACUGGACCAUUUAAAGCAAGGGUGAGCAACCUGUUGUUCUUGCUGAUGCCUGCAUUACCUGGGUCUUCAUAUUGAUAGUAGGCACAAGCAGAGAAUGAUGCGCAGAGCUAGAGCCUGUUGUAGCUCCUGUUGGGUUAGUGGUGGUAUUAAUUUUAUACUAACCCUAUUGUUUUUCUGCAUUUUUUAAAAGACAUAGUUAUGCCCUGUUCCCUUUGCUUUGGAGAAUUGAAAAAUGAAAAGACGGUUGUUGUAACUAAAAUAGUGUGAUUUUCAGGGUUAAUCGGCUUAGGUACUAGGUUUGUGCUGUUGGCCAUGGAUAUGUUUGUGUUCCGUGUUUGGCACCAUGGUUUUGUGACCAGAAAGGAAGAAAUGUAAGAUGCUAAUAACUUGGUAGCUUGCGGAACUAGAAAAAGGAAUACUUAGAAAGAGUUGUAAGGAGCUUUUGUUCCAGAAUUGGCCAUUACCCAGGGGAAAAAUAGUUUUUGAUUUGGAAGCCAUAAAUAAGAGCAUUUUCUAACCAGGUCUCACCCCUUUUUUAUCAAAUGAACAAGGGGAAAGGGGUGGGGGGAGAUGGAGCUACAGAUGUUUCCUUGAGCUGGUGGUUCAGUUGCAGCUUAAUCAGUGUCCGAAUACAUGAAUGUAGAAUGCUUUUUGGUGGUAUCCAUCCACUUAGUAUCAGAAAAACAAGAUUUCCCUCUUAUAAAUUCUGGUGUCUUGCUACUGAUGGGAACUCUUGAGCAGAGGACCCUCAGUGGCCCUCCUAACCUGGAAGAAGUAGAAUAUGCAAAGUGAUUACACUGGGCAACAAUUUUUUACUUUUUGAAUGUUGUCUAGAUUUCUACAACUGAUUUAGGGUAUUUUUGCACUGCUGAAUCAGGAAAUGGCAUCCGUUUCUCUCCAUCAGGUCAGGUUUACUGUAAACUGAAUGGUGGGCAUUGAUAAAGGUAAGUACACGUAAAUUGCAAGUUGCUUCACCAUUUUUCAAACUUCAGGGCUUGAACUUCCGUUUCUUGGAACUCCUGGAAUGCUCAGCGGCAGGGAGGUCUCUCUUCAGAGUCCAACAGUAGUCAGCCAUCAUGACUGCGUCCCAGCGACCCUGAUACCUGGUCUCCAUCUCUUUCAUGUCCUCAUGGAAUCUCUCCCCCUGCUCGUCACUCAUUGAACCCGGGUUCUCAGGAAACCGGUCCACAUGUGAAAAUAGGUAGUGCAUCUUGACGCUCAUGUUGCAGCCCAGGUUUCUGAAAGCAGUCAGCAUGUUGUUGACAAGUUCUGCGUAGUUUCUGGCCUUAUUGUUGCCAAGAAAGUUCUUCACUACCAGAACAAAUGCCUUCCACGCUUCAAGUUCCACUUCGUUCACUGACUUUCCAAACUCUGGAUCUCUGAUGAGCUGACGGAUCUGAGGACCGUCAAAGAUGCCAGCUUUCAACUUCUCCAUGGUCAAUCCUGGAAAAGCCUGGCACAAGUAAGUGAAGCAGUCACCAUCGUUGUCCAGAGCCUUGGUGAACUGCUUGAUUAAGCCGAGCUUGAUGUGCAGCGGUGGGAAGAGUAUUCUGUCUCUGUCCACCAGACGAUCGUUGAUGACAUUUCUUUUUUUGCAAGGCACCAAUUCCUCCCGCACAGGCCAGUCCUUCUUCGUGUAAUGCUGAGCAUUACUAUCCCUACUAUCCCACAUGCACAGAAAACAUGGGUACUGGGUGAAGCCAGACUGUUGUCCCAACAAAAAGUUCACCAUCUUCAGGUCAACACAAAUAAACCACUUAUGCUGAUCAUAACCAAUUUUCUCUAGCACAUACUUCACCACUUCAUAGUUCUCCUUCAGUGUACUCAAGUGAGCCAGGGCUAUAGAGGCAAACUGGUUGCCAUUGUGUAGCAGAACACAUUUCAGUGAUCGCUUGCUGUUGUCGAUGAACAGUCUCCAAUCUUUGGGUUCGUACUGUGGCACUCCAAGCUUGAGCAGAAGCUGCGCAAUAUCUGCACAAUACACCAAGUCCUUCUCUUCCAAGAAAAAACGCAGGUUUUAUGACUUCAAACUGAUCCCUUUUCGACAUAAUCACCCAGAACUAUCGGACCUGAAUACUUCUUGUCAUUAAAACAAUCAUUUCCAAGCAAAACAAUUAUUCGACAUGGCAUUUUACCCCCACCAACUUCUUCUAAAAUGCUCCACACAAGCGUACAUGUGAACAAAAACGUAAAAAAACGACAUGUGGCCAUAGCUCAAAAACUUGACCUGAUUGAGCAAAACCAAUGUGAUUUUUGGAUUCAGAGCAUCAGAUUCGUCCUAAAUCAACUGGAAAAACGCAGACAACAAAUUUGUUGUUGACCAGUGUUAUCCUGGCCUGCAUCCGAUCCUCUUGAAAGCAAAAAUAAUAUUGUUGUCAAGAUGAUGCACCCUCUGCUGAUCCGCGAAGGCCCAGCCUUGCCAUUUUUUGGAGCAGGCCCCGCCUUUUAACCAAACAGUUUGUGGCAGUUUUGAUCUGGACUGGUUAAUUCACAUCACUGUAGCUCAACGGUAGUGCACAUGCACCACAUGCCCAAGGACUCACCUUCAAUCGUUGGCAUCUCCAGGUACGGCUGGAAGAGACCCUGGCUAAAUCCCUGAAGUGGUAGACUCAUAAUCUGGUGAACUGGGUUCGCAUCUCCGCUCCUCCACAUGCAGCUGCUGGGUGACCUUGGGCCAGUCACACUUCUUUGAAGUCUCUCAGCCCCACUCACCUCACAGAGUGUUUGUUGUGAGGGAGGAAGGGAAAGGAGAAUGUUAGCCGCUUUGAGACUCCUUCGGGUAGUGAUAAAGCGGGAUAUCAAAUCCAAACUCCUCUCCUCCUCCUCCUGGAGAACUGCUGCUGGGCAGUGUGGACAAUACUAAACUAGCUUCCGGUUGUAUAAGGCAGUUGCUGUAUUCCUUUAUUUCAAAACUUUAACAACCCAUGGCUUGAGCUGCAUACGUUGGAAUCGGAAGUAGGCAUUUUCCUUUUAUAAUUAAAAACAACCACCCUGAAAUAUACGUGGGAGGAAUGUGUUGAACCUCAGCACAGUGGUACCUUGGAAGUCGAACGGAAUCUGUUCCAGAAGUCCGUUCGAUUUCCAAAACAUUCAGAAACCAAGGCGUAGCUUCUGGCUGGCUGCAGGACGUUCAGGUUCCAAAGAACGUUCGCAAACUGAACACUCACUUCCGGUGUUUGGGAUCCAAGGUACGACUGUACUUAUCAGUUAUAUUAGAAAGUAUGCUCUGGUUUUUAUUUUGUUAGCUCUUUGCGUUUCACAUCUGGUGUUCUAAAGCUGAGACAGUGCCUUGUCGGGGGGGGGGGGGGACUGAGAGACCAUGACGUGGGACAGGGUCUUGAAACCAGUUUUAUCCAGUGGCUGUUGGUAUUUUCUCUUUCUCUGUGACAACUCUUGAUAUAUUUCCGAACCUGCUGCCUCCAGCGAACUGAGACACAACUCUCUCUAAUCCAUCUGCAGUCCAUGUACUGAAAGAUUUCUAAUAACAGGAUGUAGCUGAAGAAGUUAUUAAUGACAAAACAGGACUAGUCCAUUUUCCCUGUAGUAAGACAGACAAUAUUUUUCUGCAGGGCAAUGAAUUUUGGGUGUUCACACGGGGAAUAAUAUGCUAUCCCCAUGAUGUUCAUAUUUAUUUUAAAUGAUUUAUAAUUUGCUUGAUCAUAGAGCUCUCCCAGCAGUAUACAAAUAAGGCUAAAGAUAAAAUACAACUAAAAGUCAAUUAGAAAACAAUUAUACAUAAAACAAUCAUCAUUAAAACACAGAUUAAAACAGAUAAAAUCAAUAACAUUUCUAAAACAAAUAAAGCAUUCUGUGCACCAUUGCUGGGAAAGUUAUUCUUUUUUUAAAAAAAAUGUUCUCGUUUUCAAGAUCUACCAGAAUGAUCUACAUGUGUGCAAGUAUAUCUUAUAUGGAGUGGUAUAUUACUCCAUUGUUCUUUUAGAAAGGACCUAUAUAGUGACAUGGACUCACUAACUAAUAGGAGAAGGGAAGAUGUCUUCUUUUUAAAAGCCGGCCUAAUUUGGGCUGUUUCCCUCCAACUGUUGAAGAUUUUUGUUCAUCUGUUUCCUAUUUCUUCCAUUCACUUAUAUUCCGACGCCUCCACUCUGGUACCCAUAGCAACACUUGUUAAUGCUAAUGAAACUGCAGCAUCUAAAAACUUCCGUGCUGAACAAAACUGUUCAAUGUUGCGGUUAAAUACAGUUGCAUUUCUGUCAGGCUUGGAUUCCUGCAGUACCUGUUUGAAGUAAACUUGGAUUACAAGAUUUUGGUAACUUUCUGCUCCUCUGAAACCUACACUGUUGGAUGCAUUUACGCAGUGAAGCCUUGUAUUUGGGUAGCAGCAGAUGUCUGAGAAGAUCGAUACAUGGCUCAUGUAAAAUUGACCCAGUUUAGCCGCAGGACGGAGUUGCCUUUUUGAAGUAUUAAAUUUGCAUUCAGUAGAUCACUACUGAAUACUGAGGCUGAUUGAUCUGUGAGAUGUGCUGUCUUGGAGCACAUGGCUGCUCUGGCUAAUUCCCAUGUAGCAGUAAUAGCAUGUUAAUGAGUGAAGUAACAGACAAAUGACUCCCAUGAACUUGAACAAAAUGCUAAUUCAGUUUAUUAGGAAGAUCUAAGGCAUUUCACAAAACGUUCAUGAAUUUUACUCAACUGAUAAGCUUUCCCUCAUCUUUUAGUCAGAAAUCUAUUAUGCUGGUCUUUUAAAAAUUCACUCAGCUUAGAUAUAGGAGACUAUUUUCAUACUUAGGAAAUCCAAGUUCAUGACAUUGCAAAAAAAAUGUGAAAUUUAUUUGCGUCCUAGCCCUGUUGCCCAGGUGCUGAACAGUUUGAUUAUAGGAAUUAGGAUCUUCUCUAUCUUGCUUUUAAAAGCUGUGCCCACAUUAGGUAGAGCUGUUCAUAAUGUCAGUUGUCAAUGCAGGUAGAAUAUAACAUAUGUAAGUCUGAAAUACAUAAAUUUUCCUCCUUCACUUUCAGUGGGUAAAGACUAUCGAACCUCUUUGUAUUGGACUCAGUGCACAGUGUUACUUAGAUGCAUCCAAAAUGCAGAGUUCAGAUGGACCCAGAGCCAGAGCAGGGGCAGCCACAUCACAUAUUGGUCUUCUGUGCUUUACCCCAAUAUGUAGACCAGCAGAUAGCUGUUUAGACAUUUCAUACUACCUUAAAGGUAAAGGUAAAGGGACCCCUGACCAUUAGGUCCAGUCGUGACCGACUCUGGGGUUGCUGCGCUCAUCUCGCUUUUGGCUGAGGGAGCUGGCGUUUGUCCGCAGACAGUUUCCGGGUCAUGUGGCCAGCAUGACUAAGCCACUUCUGGCAAACCAGAGCAAUGCAUUGAAACGCCGUUUACCUUCCCGCCGGAGUGGUACCUAUUUAUCUACUUGCACUUUGAUGUGCUUUCGAACUGCUAGGUUGGCAGAAGCUGGGACUGAACAACAGGAGCUCACCCCGUCACAGGGAUUCGAAUGGCCGACCUUCUGAUCAGCAAGUCCUACACUCUGUGGUUUAACCCACAGUGCCACCCACGUCCUUCAUACUACCUUAGCACAAAUUAAUUGGUCCCAACCUGUCCAGUAAUGCCCACUAUAUUGCAAGAAUACAAUAAACAGGCACAGUUAUAUGGUAGCUUAGAAGUGCUGUAAUUGUACCUGUUCUUUUUCAUGUUGUAUGAAGCCUUUGGACUAGAGAAAAUGAUUUACAAGGUACUCUGACUUCAUGAUGGCAACCCUAAUUCAAAGCUGUGCCUAAAAGCGUUGUCCUGCAACUUCUUAUGGUGAUAUCUCAGAAUAUAAUGAUAGAUAUCACCAGUCCCUAGACUGAAUUGCUAAUAUUGCAUAUCUUGUUUAAGGCUUGUGGCUGCAUCGCAUGCAAUUUUAUUUCUAGUGCAUAGUAUUCUAAGCAGCAGAGAUCACAGGAUAAAUAUUAUGUAACUCCUCUCUAGUUAAAUCUUUAUGUAGCAGGCAUACUGUUCUAUUUUCUUUUUAAUUAUUAUUUUAGGAUUUUUAUUUUGUUUGAAAACCCCGUCUCAUUGUUCUACCUUGUUUUCUUGGCUGCAUGUUUUUGUUGUUGCUGCAUCCCUUCUUGUUUUGGGAUUGUUGUCAAGUUUUUGAACUAAUCUCCUCAUAUUAGCCAGCUGUAUUAAUGAGAUAAUAAACCAGGCUUGUUGCUAAUGAAUUGAUUCAUUCAACUGCUGAAUUUAAUUAGAAAGACACUUAACGUUCCAGCAGAUGUUCUUAUUUUGUUUGGGUACAGUUGUAUUUCUACACAAUGAGCUGACAGACCCAUCAGUGUCCGUAUCUAUAUGCCCUGCUCUUAAAGACUUGUGCCACAAAUGUUAUCAUGCAGACACUAAGUCUAUAAAUUCCAGUAUCGUUGAUGAUUGCAGGUAUAGUGUCUCUUGCCUCGUUGAGACUAAAGAGAGUUCUUCAACAAUGCUCUUGUCAAUUUUAUUAUCAUCUAAUCCUAAUUCCACUUACCUGGGAGUAAGUUCUAUUAAAUUCAGCUUGAACCGCAAGUAACUUUCCUUCUUCCUGACUGCUGUUCAUAGGUUAUGCUAGUGAGACAAGUAUGCAGGAAGUGUACCUUCCAAGUUUUGUCAGGAAGAAGCAGCCUAUUCUAUCCUUAUCUACAGGUAUGCACAUUUCCUUGUAACACUGGAGUGUGUGACCCUUUUUCCCUUGAGGGCUGAAUUCCAGGGUGGCAGGGGGGAAUAAUUUGUUGGAGGCCUCAUUCCAGAGUGAAAGGUAAAUAGGGACCCUCCCUUGUUGCCCUUCCUUUCUCUCUUUCUGCAUUUUGCUUUUACUCCUGCUUGUAACCCACAUGAACUCCGACCAAGAGCCUCAAGAAACUGGGCUAAGAGCUUCAGGUCCGCUAUCUGUGCUGCAAGAUGCAUAUCCUCCCUUUCUCCAUUCUCCCAUUGGUCACUUUGCUUUGGGAUCCCAGGGCAAAGUGGAACAUAAGGAGUUGUCUCAUACAAACUCAUACUUUUGGUUCAGAUAGCUCAGCAUUGUCUACACUCUCUGAGAGUGGCUUUUGGGGAGUUUAGGCAAGAUUAUUUUUCACCCCUAUCUGGACAUGCCAUAGAUUAGGGGUCGCCCUGAUCCAGUGGGACUGCUGGGCAGGUGCACCCGACUCUGACCUGUCAUUUGAAAAAAAAAAAUCAAGCCUCUAGCUCUCCUAGAAAGAAGGUUAUCGAGCAAAAUGUGCAGGUACCUAAGGGAUUUCUGUGAAAUGAAAACGGUGUGGCUGCCUUGUAUAUAUUUUCUGAAAUGCUCCCUGCUAUUAGGCAGUAGAAGCAUCAGUGUGCAUGCACACAUGUGUGAUCUCCAUAGCCAGGGCCAGCGGGACAUAGUUGGCUUCCCAUGGUUGUCGGAAAUGGUUGUUGCUCUAAUUUUGUGUUAUGCCAUGCCCUUUCCAUGGUAGCCAUUUGGUGACUGGUGCCUCCUGCCCAGUCGCAAAAUAUGAGAUGUGCCCUCUAGUCCAAACAGGUUGUCAACUUCUGCCACUGAUUGAAUUUGUAAUGUGUUGCAUGAGCUCUGCUACUAAGCUGUGACCCUUCUGUAGUGCUCUGUGAGGUGUCAAUAACCAAUAUAAAAGGGACAGCCAUGGCACAAGCGCUCUUGCAAGAAUGCAGCUUCUCAUUUGCAAACGGGGAAGUAUUUUUGCUGUAUGUGGCCAAAUCCUAUCUUGAAAUUUGCUCGUUAAUCUUUGGGGACAUUAGAGAUGCAACACCUGAUCUGGCUGUUCCUAACGGGAGCAGCGGAAACUGUCCAUGUAGAACUUAUUUUACAUUUGACUUGUAGCCAAAGGUUUAGCAUUUAAUCAUUGGGUAAGCAGACCGUAAGUUUUUCCUGUGAAAUGAUUCUUGCCACUAGGAUGUUGCAGAAGACUGGCUUUUCAGAUACAGUGGUGCCUCGCAAGACGAAUGCCUCGCAAGACGAAAAACGCGCAAGACGAAAGAGUUUUCCGUUUUUUGAGUCGUUCCGCAAGACGAAUUUCCCUAUGGGCUUGCUUCGCAAGACGAAACGUCUUGCGAGUUCUUGCGAGUUUGUUUCCUUUUUCUUAAAGCCGCUAAGCUGUUAAUAGCCGCUAAGCCGUUAAUAGCCGCUAAUAGCCGCUAAGCCGCUAAUAGCCGUGCUUCGCAAGACGAAAAAUCCGCAAGACAAAGAGACUCACGGAACGGAUUAAUUUCGUCUUGCGAGGCACUACUGUAGUUGUGUGCACUUUGCAGUAAGGCUACAAGCUUAAUCCCAUUUAUGUUGGAGUAAGCCCCAUGGAAUUUAGUAGGACUUACUUCUGAGUGGACACAGUUAGGUAUGCCCUGUAGGUCUGGAUUUGUCCUCCAUUGAAGUGAACUGGGAAUUUUACCUGUAUGUGGUCUACAAACCAGCCUGGGCUGAUGUCACAUUUAUUACAAACUCCAAGCUGGCCAGACAUGGUUUCUCUCCCCUGCUCUGCACCUAACACUGUAAGAAAGUAAUAUGCAAGAAGUCUUUGAUGCAAAACCAGCCAUACAGGAAGUUCAUUGCCACCCUUGGCUCAUUUCGGAGCAAGGGCAGGAUAGAAAUUUAAUAAAGAAACAUCUUUCCAUUCUUUUUCAUUCCAUUCUAUAGAGUGCACACAAGUCUGUUUGCUGACUUAAAAAAAAAAGAUUGCUUUUGACACUGAGAUAGACUAAUAUAAUAUCUUUGUAAUUUAUAAUUGUUAUUUCUCUUUAGACCACGAAGACUACAUUUUGGAGCCACUUUCUCUGCCAGAAAGUCCAGGUGGCAUUUCUGCUGUAGAAGGUUCUCCAUCUGUGCCUUGUAUAUUCUGUGAAGAAUAUUCUCCUGCAUCAGAACAAAACCAACUUCUGAAGCACAUGAUUAUAGAACACAAGCUUGUCAUUGCAGAUGUCAGGCUAGUAGCAGAUUUUCGGAGGUAUGUAGUUCUUGCUUAAAAUUUGAUACAGCAACCUAGGACAGAAAAUGUCCAGGAAACUAGAACUGGUAUAUACUGCGACAACCAAAACACAGGAUAACGUUCCCAAUUAGGCAAAAGAAAACAGACAGAUCCCAAAAAACAGUGAAAGGGAGGCUGAAAGGGUAUGUGUGUCUGAAGGAAAAUGAACUGAUAUUGAUUUAUAUAUAUUAGUAACUUUGUAUUAAUGCAAUUGUGUGUUUUUGUAAUAUUUUGUUUAAGUUGUCUGUUGUUGCUUCUGUUUUUUGUACACCUUUUAGAUACGUGUUUAAUAUAUUAAGCAGUAUAAAAAUUAAAUAAUCAUUUAAUCAAUGUUUUAUGAUGCAGCAGGAUAGAUACAUUUUUGUAUAUAAAUAAAAGGCAAUUUUGCUAGACAUUAAUGUAAGAAACUGAGCCUUGGCUGAGAGAGCUGGACCCAGGGACUGUAGAAACAAGGCUGGAACGUGAAUGUGUGUGCGCAAAGGAAUCCCAAACUUCAGAAAUUGGGAGUAAAUCAUUCUGCAAAAGUAGCCCUGAUCAUAGCACAAAAACAAAUGCAUCAGCCUUUUGGGGGCUGGAACGAGAGUUGAGAACCUAAAGGGAGGCAGAUCUUUGCAUUGACCAAACUGUUUCCUUUUUUUGUUUUGGAGCUCAGGCCUUUAUAUUAAGUUCUCCAGAUUGGUUGCUAUUUCUUGUAAGCCUGUCAAAACUUGUCUAUCCGUCUCUAUGAACUGAUUCAUACAAGUGUAGAUCACUUUCUUUAUGGAAGAGGAAACCCAUGCAAUAAAAUGGACAGGAAGGCAUGGUGAAUCCACUCCUGAAAUGUCCUUUUCGUUGUCUUUCCAUGGUAAACUCUAGAGCCUGAUAACUCAGCUGAACUUCCUUCCCUUAAAAAGUAUUACAUGUUGCAGUUGACAUGUGAUGACCACGCCCUUCUAGGAAUGCACUGGCCUCAGUGCUAAUUGCAUAUUCUAAUUACUAAAGUUCUAGAAGUUCCUAUACUAACAGCUGUGCUGACUGGGGCCACAGGUUGCCCAUCCCUGAUCUACAGCCUGUCUUAAAUAAACCAAUAUACCUGCCCCUCAUCAAUAUGUGCUUUUCAAGGUGCACAUGUUUUCUCUAAUUGACAAGCCUUAUUCAAAACACUAAAUGCUGUUGCUUAGCAAUUUCACAUAGCAUGCAUUCCAGUCUGUACAUGUGUUCUUUUUGUUGCUCUCUUCUUUCCGUUUUGGUAUCUGCAAAGCUGCUAUGUGUGUCUGGCUUCAGAUGGCAAAGAUCAAGACCAUUUCUGCACUCAGUUUUUACCAUGCAUGUGUCAAUGCGCCAGAUUUGAGACGACUGAUGUGCACCAAAAAUGAAUGGGAUCAAUUCUUCCACUGUAAAUGGUUCAAAGAAGACUGAAAUGCAUAAAUUCAGAGUUGCAUAGGUUACUUGUGAGUGGAACCGAGUGAUCAUCUGUCCCCAGGUCAGACUCAAUGGUUUUAUUUUUCCAAGAGACUAAAGAAUGGUCACUCGGGAAAGGUGAUCUAUAAAUAAAUGCUGUCCACAUAUCAACAUCCAGGUGAGUUGCCAUGGCCUGGUUCCUUACAUUUCAGUACUGUAUACCGUAUUUUUCGCUCCAUAAGGCACACCGGACCAUAAGGCGCACCUGGUUUUUAGAGGGGGAAAUCAAGAAGAAAAAAAUUAUCCGCUUCUCCCAGAGCUUCUCGGGGCUGCUGGUGGAAGCCCGGGUCCCCCCCCCCCCAGCCCCAAAGAGCAAAGAAGCCAAGACAGCGAGCGGGAUCCAUCCCGCUCACUGUUUUGGCUUCUGCCAUAGCCGCGUGCAACCUCUCCAGCUGGGAGAGGCUGCGCAAGGCUAAAGAAGCCAAGACAGCGAGCGGGAUCCAUCCCGCUCACUGUUUUGGCUUCUGCCAUAGCCGCGUGAAGCCUCUCCCAGCCGGAGAGGUUGCGCGUGGCUAAAUUCUCCCACUUCCUGCAAAAGCACACAGGAGCCGUGCACCCUUUAAGGAGCGCGUGGCUCCUGUGGGCUUUUCUAUGAGGAGGGAGAAGGGACUGGCCGCGUCAGUCCCUUCUCCCUCCUGGGGAAAAGCCCGCAAGAGCCGCGUGGAGCUUGUGUGCAGCUCUUGAGGGCUUUUCCUGCCUGGCUCCCCCCUGCAUUCGUUUCAUAAGACGCAUACACAUUUCCCCUUACUUUUUAGGAGGGAAAAAGUGUGUCUUAUGGAGCAAAAAAUACGGUAUAUAAGGCAACUGAUUGAAUGUGGCAAACAAAUGAGAGAAGAAUUGAUGAUAUAGCAGAGUCAGUCUGAGUAGUGAUGCUGUUGGCGGAUCUGGGGAGGAUCAAAAGGGAAGGCUGGGGUGGGGAGAGAAGCCGCUUCAUCUUGGACAUGUUGAGUCUGAGAUGGUGAUGAGAACAGUAUCAGACAAGCAGGUAGAGACAUGCAGGAUUGGAUGGAAGGAGAGAACUCUGAAGUGGAGAGGUAUAUCUGGGUGUCAUGAACAGGCAUAUAGGUUAGGGAGCCUCUGGGCUCUGGGGUUCUAACUAGGUCUGGCACAGAUCCCAAAUUCCCCCAAGACCACUUACGUACAACAUUGGGUAGAGGUGCAGCAGCCAGUCAGCAAAGCAGGAAUGGCCUUGAAGACUUUCAAGUGAGGCUUGCUGUCAUCGCUUGUCAGUGGCGACUUCAAGCCUGCUGGGUUUGGCUGCACUACAAAGUUUCCAUUGGAUGAACAUAGGGUUUAAAGUUGGCACUGGUCUGCAUGGACUUCAAGCAGUGCUAGGACCUUCAUUUGCAGUGUGACAUGAAUUCAAACCACACUACAAACCACAGAGGAAAAAAUGCAUCCCACCUGUCAAAAUGGUUCCCCAUGGGUGGAGAAUCCAGGAUCCAGUCCAGAGCUGCAAAAGCUUCUCCACAGAUGAAAUUGGUAGUUUGGAUGCAACACUAAGCCAUGGUUUGUUAUAGCCAUGGUUUGCUGAACAAGCCGGGAUCUGGCUAGCAUCCCACCACCUCUGCAAGUACACAGCUGCAAUCCCAAAUGCCUCGGUGGUGUUUGAGGACCAGCACAGCCUCACUGCAUCACCAGUUAUCAGAGGCAAAGGGAUUUGUGAAGCUUCUCAGAUGGAUUCUCAGCAACACAGCAUCAGCUCAGAGGGAAAUCUCCAUGCCACUUUUGUCUUUAGUGAUUACCCAGCAGAACCAGACAGCUCUUGUUCAAUUUCUGGCUCCUGAGAGAACCUCAGACGUGCAGAUCAAUGCUCACAACUUUACAUCAUGUAAAGUGAACUAUUUCCAUGGACAUUUUUAUGCUUGCAAACAUUAGUGUCUGUAUUGCACCUGGAAAUAAUUGAAGCCAGCAACUGUUUGAGAUCCGGUCCCUACUUUCCACUCCGCUAGACCCUUCCCUCCACAUCUGUGCCCACGAUUGAACUGAAGGCACACACUUUUGGUUCAUUAAGAUGCUUGAUUGAUGAGAAAGGAAAACAGCUGAAAGCAGUAACUUUUGUUAGGGUGUAACAGAGACUUGAAAGCCAAUGCCAGAAACCAGGAAAUGUGAUACUAAGAAGCAGCUAUUUGCUUCUUUAAAAGUAUACAUAGUCAAUAUGUAGGACUAUUGGCACUGCAGUGUUCAAGUUCUCUGUCAGCUUUCUGUGCCUAUGUUGCAUUUCAUCCCAUCCCAUGAGGACAGUUUGUUUUUCUUGCCAAAUUAUGGCUCUAGUAUUUUCAGAUCCAGAAGUUUCCUUCUUUCAUGGGAAUGCCAUAUGGUACUAGGGCACAGAGCUGGCUCUAACUGAGCUUCUUGAUAUUUGCUUGGAUGGAAUAAUAUAUUUUACUGUCAAGUUGGAUAAUUAAACUACUAAGCAGGUCUCGGUAUUCAUGCAGUAUACAUUUUUCUAGAGACUUGUGACCAAGCACGCACAAAGCACCCAUUUAUGUUUUAGUAAGUAUCAAGUUUUAAAGCCAAGUAGUAAGACGAAAAGAAUCUAGGGCAAAUAAAAUCCGUAUAAAAGGUUAGAUUAUUCAGCACCGUAAGCUUGCCAUGUUUUUCGUUUUUAAAAAAUCAAACACUAGUCAUUGUGUCUGGUUUCUUCAUACAAGCUGAACAUUUGAAAUUACCUGGUAAUGGAUUUCCAAUUUCCAACUUAUCUGUACUGGGAAGAUUGUUCUGGCUAAAUAGAAACGUCGCCUUAUUUGAAAAAUGACCUCUACAAAAGACUGGUAGCAAUGAGUGGCUCGAGUAUCCAAAUGCUGCAACAAGAAUUGCAUACUAAGAGUGUAAUGAAACGAACAACAGUUUGGGAAAUGUUUUGUAACAUAGCUGCCUGCAUUUUUGCUCCCCCCCUUUUUUUUUUAAGAUAUGCAUUGUACUGGAAGAAAAGAUUCUCAGAGCAGCCCAUUACAGACUUCUGUUGUGUGAUAAGAACAAAUUCUGAAGCAGCUUUAGGUGAGUGUGUUGUUAAUGUAGCCUGCACAGGCCUGGUUUGCAGAAUUCCCCACAAUCUGCCAUUAGACCACCAAUUUUGUUGGGACACUUUUUACUGUAUCAGAUGCUGAAGCACUCUUGUUUGUGGGCUUGAGUUCAGCAGAUUAUUUGAUUCACUUUAAAAUACAAAGAGUGAGUGUCUAGCAUUAUAUCUUGGACUAUAAGCUUGUGGGCAAUGCCUGUGUUGAUUUUUGUACAUCUUGCAUACAUCAUCAUCACCUAUACUUGGGGCCAAACAAAGGAUGAUUAUGAUCGAAUGUUAGGGAAGGAGCCCUCUGCCUUAAUAUUAUAGAUAUUCCCAUACUAGUUAUAAUAUUUCUGAAGUGCUCCACUUCACUGUUUAGAGGUUUAUAAGGGUGGCUAUAGUAGCUUUGACUGUCAAAUAAAAUUAUAAACCUCUAAAUAGCUGCUAUGAGACACAAUCAGUUCGGCACCUUGCUUCUGGUCUAGCAUCAGGUAUUCAUUUAAAAAAAAAAGGAGAGAGAAAUCUUGGCAGUUGUAGAAUGCCGUUCAGCUUUAGGAAAUGGAGAGUCUAAAGAAAAAGAGGCAUAACAAGGGCUUCAGGCAUUUUAAACUGAUGCUGGUUCCUUUACCUGUCUGCCUGGAAGAUUGGGGUGAGAAGACCAGUUCAGCCUGUUCUGAGUACAAAGUCAGAAUGCAGAUUUUUUUUCUUUUUCUUUUGGAGAAUUCUUUCCAUACCAGGCAGUGUGAAGCAUUGGUGUACAGUUAAUCCCUUAAUGUAUGAAAUAUGCAGAGACUGCAUUUGGAUGUUACAGUAAACCAUGGGUUCUGAAGCUGGCUUGUUUCAACAAACUAUAGCUAAUCUUUAUCACAGGUAAGGAUUGAAAGUAGUUAUAAACUGUGGCUAAUAAAAAUGAAAUGGAAACCUUCAGAUUUCUUCAUGGAGUAGUAAUUGGGAGGGGUGUUUAUUACACCAUGGUUUAUUGUGACAUUUGAACGCAGCCAAACACGAGACCUGGGGCUGAUUUUCCUUGUUCCAGUAAAAUCUACCGGCAUACCCUGGUGGGCUUCUCUGUAUUCAUGGAUUUGCUUCUGGCUGAAGCACAACAGCCAACAUGACUAGGAAAUUUCUGAACAGACCCUUUAGAAAAAACAUUUGUCUUAAAUGGAUAGAAUUACCACUUGCAUCUUUCUCCCUCUCUCAGUGGCUUAAUAUAACUCAAACCUGUAUUACAUUAAAAAGCUUAAUGUAUCGACCAAAGUGUUCUCCUGACAUUUGAUCUGUAAUCUUUUAACAGAGGAACAAGACAAUUACUUCCUUUUAUGUGAUGCUUUGCCUGAAGACAGAACACUGAGGGAGAAACUUCAGCAACAAAGGCUGGUAAGGUGGUGUUGCAUGUGACCAUCCCGAAGCAGGAAAUGAACUGCACAAAAAAUGAGGAUUUAAUUUAAUUACCAGGUUUCCUCUUUCAGUAAUAAUGAAGUUGAUCCUCAACAGUUAACUUAACAGUUCCAGAAAGCUCAGUAGGACUUACUUCUUUAAAGCGGAUCCUUCAAGUGUCCCUAUUUUCCAGGGACAGUCCCUGAUUUAGAGAAGCCAUCCCAGUUUCUGAUUUGAUCCCAGAAUGUCCCACUUUUUUUAGGACGUCACUAUUUUCAUUGGAUAAAUGUUGGAGGGUAUGGAGUUAUGCGACCCCGGAGCCAUCUGUAGACAGCCCUGUAUAGGGAAGUUUUUAAAAUGUUUAAUGUUUUAUUAUGUUUUUAUGUAUGUUGGAAGCUGCCCAGAGUGCCUGGGGCAACUCAGUCAGAUGGACAGGGUAUAAUAAUAAUUAAUUAAUUAAUUAAUUAUGGAAUGGGACAUCCCUAUUUUUAUCGGAGAAAAUUUGGAGGGUAUGUUUAAAGGUGUGCUGAAAAUUGACUCAGAAGAAUCCAAGGAUGCAGUUUUGAAUACAAAGUAUAUGUCAUAUGUUUGUCCACAAGAGUAAAGAUUCUUCACCUGGGAUUCUGAUCUCUCUGCAGCACUGCCCAUUCCUACUUAGUGACCCUGUUAUCAAUAAAUCUCUAGUCUUCCUUCAACAAAGGAAUUGUAGAAAUCCACCAGCUGAGCAUUCCCAGAGGCAGCUGAAUGUGUUUAUCAGCCGUGGCUUCUUAUUUGCAGAGCUAUCCAACAUCAGAAGAAGCAAAAUAAAUAGGAACCUCUUGAAAGGGGGGCAGCAGCUCGAUAAAGGUCCUUCUGCUCUUUUUGCUCUCUUUGAACUGAUUCACACAUGCAUAUAUCUCUGAGUUUCUAGGGCUCUUGCCAUCUUAUCGCUUAAUGACUCAACAGCUGAAGGGGAGGCACUGUUCAGUGUCAGUUCAAAAGCAGGCCUUUCAUAAUGGAUCUUGCAUAAAGCAAGCCCUAAAAUGGCACCUCCGCGGUGAAACUUUCUUCUCAUUAAGUUGUUUUGGAGAUGUGAAAGCUGCAUGGGAGGUGUGUGUUCUUUCACACAUACCGAGUCCACCACUUUUUGCAGCUCCCGAGAAGCAGGCAUGCACAGGUAAGCUCAACCUGCAAAGUAGUUCUAGCAGGUUGUCUAAUUUCCUCAAAAAUAAACCGAUUGCCAGAACAACUCAAGCUUACCAUAGAGGGCUAGCCAAUGCAGUGCCCUUUAGGUGUUGCUGAUUACGGCUUAUGAUUUCUUUAGUCAUUGGUCUAUUAUUAUUAUUAUUAUUAUUAUUAUUAAGCUGCCUGUUCCUCUGCUGAGGUGCUUACGGGGUGUGAGGGUGAAGAAAUAGGGAUCUUUUUUUAAAAAAGAUGACUUGUUUAGUUUCAUAGCCCUGGGGCACCAAACAACUGUUUUUCCCCGGUGAUAUAGAAUGUGUCGAGGGUUUUUAGUUCUACAACAUUUUAAAUCUUGAGCUCUUUAUAUCUCCUGUGCGGUGAGGAGAAACCUAAGUAUCUUCAAGUUCCAGUUUCCUCACUCUAGGUCUUCCGUUACUUGUGUAAAAUAUAAAUGAUUUCUUGCUUCAAUCUCUCUCGUGGAAAAGAUACACCUAGACUCUCUUAACUCAGUUCUCUUGCCUGAAGCAAUAUGCAGCUUCAUACUAUGAACACUCAGCAGUAAAAUGCACCUUUUAUUUAAAUUGGAGGAGAAAAUUCCUAGAAAUAGAUACAAAGAUGGUUUUUUUAAGUGUUCUGGGAGACCUGUUAGGAAUAUAAGAUAAAAUGUUUUGCUUUGGUUUAAGGCUUAAACCUAUAUUAUUUAAGGUAAAAAAUAAAAUUUUGCUCUUUUUAUUCACACGGGUGCACCUAUACAUCAAGGAGCCAUUGAUGAUCAUAUUGAUUUAUCGAGGCUAAAAUCUUUUCGUUAUACAGACUGAGUCCAUCAAUCCUUGUGUCAUCCAAAUUCUCAUUUUGGAAGGUGCAAAUACAUUUUCUCCAGUUUUCAUUUGAACUGCACUGGAUUAGACCAGCCUUCAGGUCUCCCUGUUUUGCCUGUUACUCUUCCUUCAUGCUGUGUGAACAUUUGAACCUAAUCGUCGGCAAGAAAACCAUGUUUUCAAAUGAAUCAAGUGCCUGUGUUGCUCAUUAGCUGAUAAUGAGAGACAAUGGAAAACUGCUAGGAAUAAUUUACAAUGAAGCUAUUUUCAAAAACGAAUGUGAUUGCAUGUGUUGUAUUUCUUCCUGUUCAACAGAGAGAGAAUCUGGAGCAACAGCAGCGAGAGAGAAAUGACACAGACUUUCACGGUGCAUGCAUGUUCUGUGAUAAAGAGUUUACUGGUAACAGGUUAGUGAUGAAUGUUUGACUACGCUUUUUCAUCCUCGUGAACAUCCCAAUCCUAUGCAAAUGGGGGAAAUGGAAAUGUCACUAUAAGGCUUUGGUACUGAUGUGGCUGUAGCAGCAUUUUAUAACUGGCAAAAUGUUAGCCCAGUGUAAGAAAAGUGCUGGUGGAAAGACCAAAGGGUCCAUACAGUCCAACAUCCCAUUUCACACCUGCCCAUCAACUACCUAAGGCAGUGAUGGAGAUUUUGUAGUCCAGCUACAUCUGGAAGGUCACAGCCACUCUCAUCCCUGAUGAUUGGCCAUGCUGACUGGGGCUGAUGGGUUUUGGAGUCCAUGAGCAACUUGGGGGAGGCACAAUGCUUUGGAACAAGGAUUUAGCCAUCAUGACUAAUGGCUAUUGAUAGAUCUGUCGUCCAUGACUUCAUCUCCUUUCGAAGUCUUGCAUGCCAUUGGCCAUCAUCGCAUCAUGUGCAAUGAAAUCCAUAAAAGAAGAAGCGUAAAGAAUUGUUUUGCCCGUCCUGAAUCAAAGUCAUUAGUUGACUGGCAUUCUAGUUGACUAUGCCAUUAGUUGACAUGGGCACACGGCUCACCUUUGGUCUGACAUACCAUGGUUGUUGGACCAGAAUUGUUGUGUAUGAAUUAGUGGAUCUGUGAAUUAGUGGAUUUCAGCGGCCUGCUUUGCACAUCACUUUAAACCACAGUUAGGCUUAACUAUACUGUCAAGGUGUUGUGCAGUAUACUGGGCUAAAAUCUUGGACACAUUGCCAUGGUUUGACUUGGUAUUAUGUCUGAACCUGGGUUUGUGGCUUGUCUCUCAAAAUAAAUCACAAUCCAUAACCAAGAUUUUUUGCCCAUGGUUUUAGCCCUGGGCACCAGCAUGCUGCACAUUCAUCUUUAAAACAUAGUUAACCGUGUGCAAACCAAGCCCAUCACACAUUUUAGUGGUGGGAAUAUUCUCCUCUUCUAGCUUUGCAUUGGCUCUUUCUCAUCACGUACCUGGUUCUAAACAAUGAAUUUGAUUUAUGUACUUGUUUUGCAUGCCAAGGUCCUUUCCUUUUUUAAAAAAAGGUGUGUGGGUUUGUCUUGUGUUGCUACCACUCAGAAGGCACCAAGAUGGACUGACUGGCACAUGCCCAUAGAAGCCUUCUUGGGUGUCUGCAGGAUCCCUUCCCCAACCCUGGUAUUAGGCCUGAAAGGAUCGUUUUGUUGUAGCCAAUAGAAUAGGUUGGGAGGGGAGCCAUGUUCAGUUUAUCCAGUUUGCAUAGGUGCCCCUGGGCACAAAAAGUUUGGCAACCUCUGCAAAGCGUUAAUAUAUUCUCCCAUUUCUACUGAAAUCUACUCAAAUGGUUCCCCCGGUGAGUAAUUAGAGUAUUGGUUAAAAUUAGCAAUUCUUUUUGGUUUCAAGCUGGCAGGUCAGGUUGUGAAAUGCUGCAGUGAGGUGGCGAUAAAUCUGAGAUGUAAAUUUUCCCAUUUAGUUACACACAACUGCUUUCGCUGCUGGGAAAGCUGCGCACAGCGCUGUAACUUAUUCAGUGUUGGUUUUAUAGGGGUGAAAUCCACAUUUUCUUCAGUUAAGUGGAAAUAAUUUGUCUAGCCGCAAAAAAAAGAAACAGUGCAGUUACUUAGUUGCGGUUUUAUACUAUUUUAAGUGUUCCGAGUACAGAGAGCCGCUUCAGAAAGACUCUUUGGGCUUUCUUCCUCUCUCCGUGUUGGCCUCUGCAGGGAAAAGAGGCACACUUACAAAGGGGAGAAAGGACAUUUAUUUUUAGUGAUGCUCCUUAAACCAUAGCACCAGCCUCUUUCUUCCCCCCACAACCCACCAACCCAAAGAGCCAUGUUUUGAAGCUGCCGUGAAAGUAUGUUAAAGGAACUAACGCUCUGCUUGAAUUCUUCCUUUGUAGAUCAGACCUUCUCAAUCACAUGGCAAAAGAUCAUGCAUUCAAUGUUGGGCUGCCAGAUAACAUUGUACACUGUGAGGAGUUUUUGGAACUUCUACAGAAGAAACUAGACAGGUGCGCUAAGUAGCCGAGUUUACGGAAAGACUGGAUAUGAUCAUUGUAACAAAUAAGUUAGUGUACACGAGAGACUCUGUAUAUUGUUUUGGGGGUUCUUCAAAUCAUUAUCUUCACCUAAACCAUUCCUCUUUGAACCCAGGUCCCUGAUAUACAUAGCUUUUGUAUAUCAGGAUUGGAAAGAGCAGUAGUGUCACUUAUACAGUGGUACCUCGGGUUAAGUACUUAAUUCGUUCCGGAGGUCCGUUCUUAACCUGAAACUGUUCUUAACCUGAAGCACCACUUUAGCUAAUGGGGCCUCCUGCUUCCGCCGGGCCGCCGGAGCACGAUUUCUGUUCUCAUCCUGAAGCAAAGUUCUUAACCCAAGGCACUAUUUCUGGGUUAGCGGAGUCUGUAACCUGAAGCGUAUGUAACCUGGGGUACCACUGUACAAAAAUUGGGGAUGCUUCCAGAUGUGUGUUCAUUGUGGAACCACUGCACUUUUUUACAAACAUGGUUUGGUCUUCAUCAAAAUGCUUAUCCCAAACCAUACUUUCCUUAACAUUAAUCUGAAUUUCCCCUCACCACAGAAAAUCCACGAAAUAAAAACAACCCAUUGUACAUCCACAGUCACUACUGGAAAGGAGGUGGAGAGGAUGCUUCUUGCAUUUAUUUAUUUUUUUAAAAAGUUUGGAAUUAAAUCAGUAGUAAGGAGCAGUUCGAUUAUCUCCGAAUUGUGUUUAUGAAAAAAAAGAGCUUGAUGCAUAGGUCCUUGAGUAUUCCGAAGCAACUCAGUUGGUAGAAAAUGGAUUUUUAAGAGCUUAUAAAAGGGAGCCUGGGAAUUGAAUAAGUAAUAUUGUUUCAUAGUUCUAUGGAUGAAUUAGCAGUAAAAGUUGGAGAUGGUCUCUAAAUGCAAUCCCUGACCAAUUCCUGAAGGCAGGAAAUAUGUGUGUUUGUUUGUGUGUGUGUGUGUGAUGGUUGGAGAGAGGGCAGUAUUUUUACUUACCAAUGCAAUAUGCUAACAUGUUAAAAUGUUCUUCAAAUCAGUUCAGUUACAUUGAUCUGUGAAUCACGCAUCCGCGCAAAGGGUCCUUGUGAUUUUUGCUCAGGCAGCAGAAUGAGAUAUAUGGGAAUCUGAUAAAUCAGCAUUAUAUGAAUGCCAAGCAGAGUCACUCUGCCCAAAGCUAUCUGAAGCAUGACUUACUAAGGUUCUUCCACACUGUAACAAUCUUGCAAUAAGCAAUCUUUAAAAUAAUAUACUUGCCGUAUUAAGUCAAUCCAUUUUUCUGUGUUGAAGGGCAUUUUAAUCCAGUACCAAUGAUGCCAACAGCUAAAUCUCAGUCUGUUGUGCUUGCAGUGGUUUAUGCUUUGAUUUUUUUUGUAUUUUGUAUUUUUUAAAUUUUUGUUAUUGCAUAAAUUUAGGUGUGUGUGUUUUUAUAUUCUUUGCUUCCAUGGCUGCAUAACUUGUUUAUUCCAGUGUCAAAUACUGUACAAGGAUACAAUACAGAAAAUUUAUAAAAGUUAUUGUAAACAUGUAAAAAAAAUAAGCUCAGUAGUACCAAUAAAUCAGCAGUCAUAUAAAUUCUACAAAGCCAAACCACCAAUAAUUCCCAAAAAAUGAUUUAAUUUUACAUAUUUACACUACAUCAGUUGGCAGUGGUGGUUCCUUUAACACAAGGGAUUAAUGUGUUUUUUCUUUGGUGAGCCAAUUCUAUAUCUGCUCUCCCCUUCCAGGGACAAAUUUUUAAAAUGGGUGGGGUCACCUACCUGUCCAUCAACCAACCAACUGAUGUUUGUCUUUUGAAAGUGCACUCCCAUUGAGCCUUCAAGUAAUCAUAGAAUCACAGAAUUGUUGUUAGAAGAGUCUUCUAAUCCAACCCUCUGCAAAGAAGCUAUUUUUUUGUCCAAGGUGGGGCUCGAACCCUCGACCCUGAGAUUGAGUCUCAUGCUCUGCCAACUGAGCUAUGCCAGCUCUUGCAGGGUGCUCCAAGAUUAUGAAGCAGUUUGCAUCGAAACAGCUGCUGAAAAAGAGCGUUAACACAUGCCUUAAGCCUUCUAAUUCAACAUAUGCUCCUGAAAACCUCAGAACUGCCUGAAUCGGCAGGGGGGUGGGUAUCUUGCUCUCUAUAAAUUUAUCUAACCGUGCUUUCUCAAAGUAAGCUGCUGUCAUCAUAGUCACUUGAAGUAAGUGGCUGGUUCCUUACAGUAAUGUCCCUAGCACCAGUUUGUAAUUUUAUUUAUUUACUUUUAAUCUUAGCUUGCAGUGUUUGUACUGUGAAAAAACCUUUCGAGAUAAGAACACGCUCAAGGAUCACAUGAGAAAGAAGCAGCAUCGCAGAAUCAAUGCCAAAAACAGAGAAUACGACAGAUUUUAUAUCAUUAAUUAUCUGGUAAGUUGAUGUACAGUCAUACCUCGGGUUACAGACACUUCAGGUUGCACAUUUUUGGGUUGCGUACUGCACCGCAACCAACCCGGAAGUACCAGAAUGGGUUACUUCUGGGUUUCGGCUCAUGCGCAAAGCACUAAAUUGCGCUUUGCGCAUGCGCAGAAGCACCGAAUCACGACCUGCACGUGUGCAGACACAGCGCUGCAGGUUGCGAACGUGCCUCCCACACGGAUCACGUUCGCAACCUGAGCAUCCACUGUAUAUUUGACUGACAGUGCGAUCCUCUAUAUGUCAACUCAUUUUUUUAGUUCACUGGGACUUCCUGCCUAGUAAGAAUGUCUGAAAUUGCAGCCUGAUUUGCAAAUUGUAUGCAUGAUGCCAUCAAACUGAAGCAGGUUUAAGUCUCACCAGUUUUAAAUCAAUGGGAUGCAAGUGCUUUGCCAGCUGGGGAGCUUGACAACGAUACCAGGAAAGGUUCUAGAACAGAUAAUUAAACAGUCAGCCUGUGAACACUUGAAAAAGGGUGCUAUGAUUACUAAACCCCAGCAUGGGUUUCUCAAAAACAAGUCAUACCAGACAAAUCUCUCUCUCUCUCUCUCUCUCUCUCUCUCUCUCUCUCGUAGAGUUAAAAGCUUGGUAGAUCAGGGAAAUGCUGCCACAUAGUAUAUCUUGAUUUCUGUAAGGUUUUUGACCAAGUCUUUCAUGAUAUUCUUUCGGAGAAUCUGGUAAAAUGUGGAGUGGAUGAGGUAACUGUUGCUCUUGCUUGUUCUUUGGCCAUGUUCUGCAAGACGAAGUGACAAAAUGAGCAUUUCAUUGUGGCCAAGAAACGGAAAUGCCUCUUUCCGCCAAGGUGAAUGGGCAUGUUUUUAAAUCCACCCCCAAAUGUUAAUAAUGAGGGGGAGACAGGUCAACACCAACAAGGCCUCCCCUACUGAUCAUAGGGCCCAGGAUGGUGGAUACUGAGGAAUGCUUUUUAAGUUCUUUGGUCCCAAGGCAUUGGAGGUGUUAUACUGCAGUGCUAACAUUCUGAUAUCUCACUGGCAUUUCACUAAGGCUGAAUUAGUUUCCCAGCCACUAUUAAAGCUUUCCCUUUCUCUUUAACUGAAUGUGGACUGACAUAAUUGAAAUGACAGAUGUGUAGCCUCUCUCGUUCAUUAUUGCACACCCUGAAGCAUUUGGAGGUCAUGAACCAGCUCUUCAAAACCAUGUUUGAUUUUUCUAAGAAGACAGAAAUGUAAUGCUAUUGCCUUAUAAGAGUGUUUUUAUUGGGCAGUAAAUAUUGUAUAAAACUCAAGAGUUACUGUAAUAGCAGUAAUAAUUUUUCUAGUAUUGCCUGUGUACUAGAAUUUCACUUAAUGGGAUUAUUUGUGCCUUAUGGCUAGGAGAUCCUGUGUGCUAGUUACUCUAAAGUAGUUUUCUGUGUCACAGUUUAUUGUUGUUGUUGUUCAUUAAAUUUAUAUUUUGCCAUUCAUUGGAAGACCACAGGGCAAUUUACAAAUUUACAAGUUUAACUGGCCUGGCUUGCUUUAAGCCUGUCUGAGGGGCUAUUCACAAAGUUUAGGUGUGUUUGCAAUAUGCCAGGACACAGAAGUAAGUCUGAGGCUUGUGUAACCCCACCAACCACAUGGAAUAAGAAGAGGUAAAUGAGCAUGGGGGAAGGAGGGGAUUGCCUGGCCCUUGGGCUCACGCUUCUGCCGUACUACAUGAGUGCCUGUGUGUCUAUGCAGAUAAUGAAAUGGUCCUGUUAAUACAGUGGUACCUCAGGUUAAGAACUUAAUUCGUUCCGGAGGUCCAUUCUUAACCUGAAACUGUUCUUAACCUGAAGCACCACUUCAGCUAAUGGGGCCUCCUGCUGCUGCCACGCCGCUGGAGCAUGAUUUCUGUUCUCAUCCUGAAGCAAAGUUCUUAACCCAAGGUACUAUUUCUGGGUUAGCGGAGUCUGUAACCUGAAGCGUAUGUAACCUGAAGCGUAUGUAACCUGAAGCGUAUGUAACCCGAGGUACCACUGUAAAGACUUUUAAUUACAGUAGUGGAGAGCAAGCCCAAGCCAUUGGGCAGUUUGCUUCUGUAAUUCUCCUGCAAUGAACUUGUUGAAAGAGGUAAAAUUCCCCGUUGCUUUCGGUAUAGCUGGAACUUACUUAAAACCUGAUGUAGCCUAAAAAAUCUAAAGCUUUUGUUUAUUCUAAACUUGGGGUCACUUGAUACCAUUAGGUAAAAAAGUAAAAAAGGUAAAGGACCCCUGGACGGUUAAGUCCAGUCAAAGGCAACUAUGGGGUUGCGGCGUUCAUCUUGCUUUCAGGCCGGCGUUUGUCCACAGACAGCUUUCCGGGUCAUGUGGCCAGCAUGACUAAGCUGCUUCUGGUGAACCAGAGCAGCACACGGAAAUGCAGUUUACCUUCCCGCCACAGUGGUACUUAUUCAUCUACUUGCACUGGUGUGCUUUCGAACUGCUAGGUUGGCAAGAGCUGGGACAGAGCAACAGAAGUUACCCCGUUGCAGGGAUUUGAACCUCCGACCUUCUGAUUGGCAAGCCCAAGAGCUUAGUGGUUUAGACCACAGCGCCACCCGCGUCCCCACUUGAUACCAUUAUAUUGUAAGUGGUUAGGGAAAAGAACUCUUCCUCUACCACCCCCUUCCCACCCCUAUUUAUUAGCUUUUCAUUAAAAAGCUAGCUGCUCGAUAUGACUACUUUCAUGGGAGGCCGCGUGGUACUGUGGUGGGUGGGUGUGGUGAGAGAGGUGUUAAUGUGAGGUACCGGUAGUUAUCUCAUUAUCCUGGUAACAUUAAUGAAUCUGGCUGCCGCACUUGGAGAGUUUACCCUCGAGAGUAGCAUCUCUGAAUUAAUUACAGGAUCCAAAUUCCCUAAUCUGUACUGACAUCUUGUUACAGGCUGUUCUAACAAAUGUAUGUCUGUGCGCCGUUUACCUGACACGCUGUAGCAGCUUUGAUGGAGCUAUGGGACUGGUCUUUUUGUGUUUGUGUGUAUGUGUUUUCAUUUGCUAUAAAAUAUUGCAAUGGGGUCGUUGUAGAUUUGUAAGAAUCCAUUUUAAUCUCUUGUCUCCAUGACUUUUCUGUUUUAUUAUUUAAUAAGGAACAAGGGUAGGACAUGCCAACAUACCUAGAAGUGGUAAUAACGAACACUGUGUCUGAAGGACCUACAAUGUUGUGUGAAUAAGGCGAAAACCCUUUAAAGUAAAAUGCCACCUGGCUACUCCUGAUCUAAGCACUAGCUAAUAAUACACUUAGCAUUAGAGUAGCUAGAUAGUGUUUUACUAUUAUUUUAAACAUUUCCCCUUACUCCUCAGCGUUGUAGCUCCUUCAAACAUAAUGGCCCUUCUGUCUUCCCCACCCCCAGAAAAAAAACAUGCAUUGCCAGAAAAGGAUAUAAAAUAAAAGUGGGUCGUAUCUGUGGCACUCCAACUUACCAGGGUCACAUCUUGACAAAGAGUCAGAAUUUUAACAUAAUCCAGCCCAGUAUUAGAUUUCGUGUCAGGCUAUGUGCUCAAACAAUGUUAAAGGUGGCACAGACCUAAUUCUGUCAAUUUGGCCCUAGAAAUCUUCAUGAUAUAUAGAUAUAUUUAGUUAAAUAUUUAUUGUAUUUAUUUAUUACCUGAUAUAUACACUACCCCUUGGGGGACAGUUGACCUUUCAAGGUAGUGUGCAAAAUUACACAAAAUAUAACAAUUUUAAAAACAAAAUAAACAUAAUUUGUACUACCAAACCAGCCAGUUUAGACUUUUGUGGCAGGCUAAGAAUAAAAAUACAUACAUACAUACAUACAUACAGUGCAUUUUCCCACAGUAAAACAACAGUAUCUUAACUCUAACAAGCUAUUACAAGGAGGCAAAUGCUUUACUGAAAAUGUGAAAAUGUAAGACAUGUUGGUGAAAACUUAUUCCGACUGGUUUUGGGAACUGGCUAUUUUUAAGGAUGGGAGUGGUGUGAUGAUCUGUAUAUUUUAACAGGUCUCAUAUACAUAUACAUACAUACAUAUAUACAUAUUAGUUCUAUUAAUGUUUGUUUUUUUAAUUAUUGCUUUCUUUUCUGUGUUUUAAGCUAUUUUUAUUUUAGCUGUAAAUGACCUUGAGUGGCCUCAUUUUGAAUUAUUUACAUCCACUGUCUAAGACUAAGACUUGGAGCAUUGACUGUUGCUGAAGUAUAAUGGAUUCAUGUUUGCUCUGUGCAUUUUUCUUUCCCCUCCAGGAAUUUGGCAAGACCUGGGAAGAGGUUCAGUCCGAAGAUGACAGAGAAUUGUUGGACAACCAGGAAGAGUAAGAGUUGUAUUUAAAGUUUAGAGUGGUGGGAAAUCUGUUCUGCGGGCUUGGCAACAUUAUGUUGUAAAAAAAGUGGCAUUCAGGGACAAAGUAGGUAUGGCCGAGAAUGUUGAUGAAUAGGAUUUAAUAGGAUUUCCAGUGUUAUUUAGUGUUUUAUAGCAACCACGAGGAGCCAUAGAAGAUACAGUUCAACAUGCUAUGUAUUCCCACCCCACUUAUAAUAAUUUUGCAUUUUAAUGUAUGUCCUUUCCAGUUAGGGCAUAGCAAUAAACUGUAUGGACUGCCCUUCUAAAGAAGCAGAGCCCACCAUAUUUCCCCAAUUCUCUCAUAACCCCCAUGAGAGUCAGAAAACAAAGCAAAGGGGCAAGUGCCCUAGGGGAGAUAGCACAGAAAAGCUAGGCCCCAGUGCACUACAAAAUUUUGCAGCCGUUUUUUAUUCCUUCAUUUAAAGUUCUCAGAAAUUUAGGAUUAGGGGAUGGAGAGGAAAUGGGGGUUAAGAGGAGGUGAAACUGAGCCGGUGGGAAUAAAAUACAAUUCCUUUUCUAGCUGUUAUUUCGGAGCAUGGCCACUAGCUAAUGGUUUUGAUUACUAUAGAGAUGGCAUUGUCCAACUGCACACUGGAAGCAAACCACCCUCUGUGGAAAUGAAGUAUUGCUUUACCUUCCAUUUGUAACCUUACAAGUAAACACACCCAUACCCUUCUGCAGUACAGUGGUACCUCGGGUUACAUAUGCUUCAGGUUACAUACGCUUCAGGUUACAGACUCCGCUAACCCAGAAAUAUUACCUUAGGUUAAGAACUUUGCUUCAGGAUGAGAACAGAAAUUGUGCUGUGGGGCACGGCGGCAGCGGGACGCCCCAUUAGCUAGAGUGGUGCUUCAGGUUAAGAACAGUUUCAGGUUAAGAACUGACUUCCGGAACGAAUUAAGUACUUAACCUGAGGUACCACUGUAAACAUUGAUUUGCCUUAUCAAAUUAUAAGCGAUAGUCAUGUCUGCAUAACCAGGAGAAAGAAUGCUGAAACUGUUCUUAACCUGAAGCACCACUUUAGCUAAUGGGGCCUCCUGCUGCCGCUGCACUGCCAGAGCACAAUCUCUGUUCUCAUCCUGAAGCAAAGUUCUUAACCCGAGGUACUAUUUCUGGGUUGGCGGAGUCUGUAACCUGAAGCAUAUGUAACCUGAAGCGUAUGUAACCCGAGGUACCACUGUACUUUGCAUUGACAAAACUGCAUGACCGUCUGCGAAGUUGAUUCCCGUUUACUUUCAUGUUGGAGAAGUUAAAUCAGAAUUGGUCCCCAUGUUUGUAGCAUCUCCAUAUCUUUCAGAAACCUUUGCAAAUCACCAACUUCAACUGGCUUUUUGCACUGCUUUUUUUGCAGAGACUGGUCCGGCUGGGAAGAACAUCCGGUUUGUGCAGUGUGCCUUUUCUGUGAAAAGCAAGCCGACACUACAGAAAAGCUCUAUGCUCACAUGGAGGUAAGAGGCUUGUUCCACUUUCUGUAUUAGAUCUUGCUUUGGAAAAGGGAGAGGAUAUAAUUUGAUAGCGUUCAGGUGCCCUGUUCUAGUCCAAAAACCCCCACUGUUUUAUGUCGUUGUUUCACAACAUGGUGCCUUCCAGAUACUUUGGACUACAACUUCCAUGAUUCCUUAACAUUCUCUAUGCCCACCAGGGCUGGUGGGAGUUGCAGUCCAAAAUAUCUGAAGACCACCAUAUUGGGGAAGGCUGCUCUGUACUUUACAGUGGUACCUCAGGUUACAUACGCUUCAGGUUACAGACUCCGCUAACCCAGAAAUAUUACCUCAGGUAAGAACUUUGCUUCAGGAUAAGAACAGAAAUUGUGCUCCGGUGGCGCGGCGGCAGCAGGAGGCCCCAUUAGCUAAAGUGGUGCUUCAGGUUAAGAACAGUUUAAGGUUAAGAACGGACCUCCGGAACGAAUUAAGUACUUAACCCGAGGUACCACUGUAUUAGUUUCAGCAGAGAAUGUUUUGGCCACCUUUAAGCAGAUUUUAAAACUUUGCAUUUAUAAUAAGGAAAGAUUAGAAUCACCAUCAUCAUCAUCAUCAUACUGAUUUGAGUCUUCUUGUACUCAUGCUAUGUUAUUAUUGGCAGGUGUAGUAAAUAAAUAAAAGGUUUUAAUGCAGCUGGGACUGGGUACAAUUUGUCCAGGCUUCUCUGAUAAAACACAAAAUGGAGAAGAAAAUGAGAAACAACCCAGCGGGGACUGAAGAAGCUCAAUGGGCACAGAAUACUGGCUGGCUGGCGGGGUGGGUAGGUGUGGCUUAGAGUCACUUGUACCCUGAACAGAAGCAUGGCACACUGCAGCAGGGCCCCACUUGUAAAGGUUAGCAUUUCAGUAAUCCACUUGAGAGAACUAUAUCCUACUUAAGGUAAAGGUAAAGGGACCCCUGACCAUUAGGUCCAGUCGUGGCCGACUCUGGGGUUGCAGCACUCAUCUUGCUUUAUUGCCAAGGGAGCCGGCGUACAGCUUCCGGGUCAUGAGGCCAGCAUGACUAAGCCGCUUCUAGCAAACCAGAGCAGUGCAUGGAAACACCGUUUACCUUCCCACCGGAGCGGUACCUGUUUAUCUACUUGCACUUUGACGUGCUUUCGAACUGCUAGGUUGGCAGGAGCAGGGACCAAGCCAUGGGAGCUCACCCCGUCUCAGGGAUUCAAACCACCGACCUUCUGAUCAGCUAGUCCUAGGCUCUGUGGUUUAACCCACAGUGCCACCCGUGUCCCAUAUCCUACUUAGGUCUCUCUUAAUAGGUCUAUCUUAAUAGAAUAUGCACGCUGAGUACUGAAAGCCUGAGUUUCAAUCCCUGGUGUUCACAGUUAACAAAUUCCAAGGAGCAAGCUUGGCAAAUACCAUGCAGAGUAAAAUAGCCCUCUGCUAGGUGGAACGGUAGUUUGAUUUCCUGUGAUGCUGCUUGUCACCUCCUAACAACAGUAGUGUGAAGAAUUUUCAGCAAUCAUACAGCAGUAGUCUGUAGCCUGUAAUCACAGCAUACUUGCUAAGGUGUCCCUGUUAUUUAUAAACUUCAGGUGUUUUCAAUUUGAAAAAUUCUUAAUUAUUCACAAUUAGAAGCCCUUUUUGCUCUUCCCAAAUUCCAGGAGGCUCAUGGAUUCGACCUGCUAAACAUUAAGGCUGAUCAUGGUGAGUAAAAAGCAUAUACUGUAUCAGGGACCUCUACCGCUGCUAGAAAUGUGUCUUCUUAGAAGUGCAGGACCAGAAGUCAACCUAUGUCACUCCCAAAUGUUUCAGUUUUGGCAGUUCUGACCUUUCCUGAAUGUAAAAGGGUAGCAUGAGAUACAUAUAGUAGUUCUCAAUAAAUCACUGUAGUAAGCAGAUUGAGGACAGUAUGUAUUGUUCUUGUUCUUUUAGUGCAAGGAUUUACUCUUGUGCAACAAAGCAGCCUAUGCUUCCUCUCACAUGUGCUUCCUCCCCAAAUCAGCUCUGGAGAAUUGGGGGAAUGGCAGAAAAGAUUUAGAUACCUCCUUCCCUGUUCCAUCUUAAGACUGCAACUAGACACAUACUCCAUGGGUCGAACAUAAGCCAAAAAAAUGCUUUCUCCUUGCUCCCACUAACCCCCUCAAUAUUCUGUUUACCACCUAGCCCGAUGAAGACUUCUUAAGAACUCAAAAGCUUUUUAGCUAUUUUGUGAUAUAUUGGUUGGCUUAAUAAAAGUAUUAUCCUAAUUUGGAUUUAUUUCAUUUUUUUAAUGGGCCAAAAUGGUUACCUUCACUGCUUGUGUCUUCUAGUCCCCCUUUCCCCCUGCACCUUAAAAAAAAUAAUACUUUUCUCUGCUAGGUUUGAAUUUCUAUCAGCAAGUGAAAUUGUUGAACUUCAUCAGAAGAGAGGUCCAUCAGUGUCGAUGCUACAGUUGCCAGGAGAAAUUCCAAUUGAAAAGGGAGUUGGUAAAUCAUAUGGAAGAGACCAGACAUAUAACACUUCUGCCAGCCAGAUCCAUGUGGGAUCAGCCACAGUAAGAGUGUUUUUGUUUAUCUCCAGCGUUGUGCUCAGUUCAUGAUUGUGACCUGGUUUGCACGGCACAGUAAGCCAAACUUUAGCUUACAGAAUCCAUGUGAAUGUGCAGCCCCACCCCAUCCCCCGGAAAGAAACUUACAGCCACUUUGCUGCACCCCGGAUCUUUUUUACUGCCCUGAGGAAAAUAAGCUUUGGCUUAGUAGUGUGUCCUCUAUCCUGGAGCCUGCAAAGUCUCAGUAAGUCAUAGUUUGACAUACUGUUUCAUGAGAACCAGCUUAGUGUCUUGUAAAUGAGACAUGGAUUCCGCAUUCUCUGCCCUUGCUGUACCAUAUGGGCCUGCUUUGUCUUUUCCGAAGACUUAAUAAGUGUUAUGCGUAGUAUCUGAUAGCCACAUACCUUUAGAGUAAAAGGGCGAUAGAACAGACUGCAAUGUCCACUUUGCUUGGGUAUUCCCCAAGUGAUAUAAUACAAGGAAUGCAAUAUGCCCCUUGGUGAGUGCAUGACUUUUACCAGGUUAUGGAUAAAGUUAGAAAGUGAGCUGUCCUCGACCACAAAUUUACAUUUUCACUUUGGCUGUGAGUAAUGGACCCAACUCGUGCCCUGCACCCAGAACUCACAGUGCAGUGAGUUGGAUGGAACCAGGUCAUUACUCCAAGCAGAAUAAAUUAAAUACAGGGUGGAUGUUUAGAAAUAAUAUACAGUAUUAUUACCUUAAACAGCCCAUAAACUCCUGUUAAGAUUUCUAAUAACUAAAUGUUUUGAUUUAUAUGGAAGAAAACAUACUGUGCAUGUAUGCUUGCCCAUCCAAAUAUUGGGGCUGCUUCCCCAGCAAUGUGGGGAGCAGUAUUAGGAAACAUGUUUAAAUAUUGCACUCAUGUGGGAGGUCUCAAAUUGUCUCUCUUUCCCAUGUGAUUGGCACCCGCCUACAUGGUUACAAUAUUCAUAUGCAUACCCCACACUAGGCUUUGUCAGCCGGGAUAUGCAAACAGUAAGGUAAUGCCAUGUGGAAGCAGGACCAAUGUCGCCAGUUAAAAGCAUGUUUGUAAAGGGGACUUUUCAGUGACAAGGUAUGACGCUGUUCUUCACUGUUCUUUCCAGGUAUUAUUUUCCUACCUAUGAAAACGAUACCCUUCUCUGUACGCUCUCGGACAGCGAGGAUGAAUUGACAGCUGGGAAACAGAAAGAGGAUGUGCCUGUCAUCAGCGAGGAUAUUUCUAACAUAGAGGCUCUGAAACGGACGAGUGUGUUAAAUCAACUUCUUUGUGAGGAGAUAAAUAAUGGAGAACCUUGAUAAUUAAGUGAAGCAUCUUUCUGAAUACACAGUUUCCUCGCAAAGCAAAAGGUGAUUUGGUAACUUUGACAGGCUGCAAUAGUCCCACUCUGAGUGAGAAGCUAAAAAAAUAAAUUAGAAACUAAUCCUAUGUUCUUAGGCUAUCCUUUGGUAUCUUAGGCUAUUCUUUGGUAAUCUUAGGCUAUCCUUAGGCUAUCCUUUGGUAAUUCUUCACAGAACCCUAGCCCAAUGGUUGCCAUCAAUUUGAUUUGAACUGAUUUUAUAAUGAAUUGAUUUUGGAAUGCUGUAUUAUUUUACUGUUGUUAGCCGCUCUGAACCCGGCUUCGGCUGGGGAGUGCGGGAUAUAAAUAAAUUAUUAUUAUUAUUAUUA